CUGGGAUAAAAUAUUGUGUAAAAUAAAAUAAAUAAAAUAAAUUGGAAAAAAUUUUAAAAUAUAAAAUAAAAUAUACUUAAUAUUAAAUGCAAAAUUUUUAUAAUUUGUCGCGAUGAAGGAAAGGAAUAAUUUCAAACAAGAUUCCAUGUUCCCAAACAAUACACAAAUCAGUACACCAAUCAAUACAUCAACUACAACAACAACAACAACGAAAAUGGAUACUACCAGUAUACAGAUAGUUCCUUCAACAUUAAUAUUAUCAGAUUAUUUAGCAUUAAGUUCACCGCCAACAUAUUCACGUUUACCACCCGAUGGUCACGAAUUUCCACCAAAUUUUUCUGAACCACUUAUAAUACCAACAAAUAGCCAUUUAAAAUCAAAUAGUUUAAUAACAUCAACAACAACAACAACACAUAAUACAUAUAAAAAAUUAACAUCAUCAGCACAAGAAACAUCAGAUAAAAAUAAUAUGUUUGAUGAUCGUCCACCAUUACCAAAAUCAGUUCCUCCACCAACAGUUCCUAGAAAAAUUUAUCGACAAGAUUUAAUUAUUAAAGUCGAUGAUGUUCGAAAUCAAUUAAAUGAUUCAAAAAAAGAUUCAUAUAUGAGAAUAGAACAAACAUCAACUACAGUCACAACACCAUUCACCGGUUUCCCAUAUGAAAAACGUUUAGUUGGAAGUCGAGAUUCAUUAGAUCAAGUUGAUUCAUCUGGUGGAAUAUCUUCAACUAUAAAUUCAAAUAAUGUUUAUCAACAAAAGAAAUCUGUUUCAUUAUCAUCAUCACCAUCAUUAGCAACUGGACGUAAAUUUGCUGAUUGGCGAAAAGAUGAGAAAUCAGAAAAAUCAGUUCGUGAUAAAAUUGCAAUGUUUUCUAAUGAAAACGAUAAAACCGAUUUUGGCCGAUGCAAUAAAAAACCACUUAAUAAAAGUACCGAAAAUUUAUUAGAUUCAAGAGAUCGUUACGAUAACAAUAUGAAAUAUCAACCAAUAUUUAAUAGUCUUCCAAAGAAAGCAAUGAGUGUGGAAAAUUUGAAUAGUGAUAUCGUUAGCUCUAGUAAUAGUUUCCGGAGUAGACCAAGUUCAACUUUAAAAGGGGAAUCAUUACAAAAUUUAAAUACUGAUUACACUCAAAGUUAUGCUUCUCUUCCAAGAAGGAAUACUCCAACAUUAUCACGCACAAUUAGCUUUUCGGGCACACAAAUUAAUAAUGAUGAAGCAACAAGAAAAGCAGCAAUAACAAAUAUACUAGAACAACGACGUAAAUCAUUAUCAAAAUUAAGAGGUUUAGUGAUACCAGAAAAACCUCAAAUUCCAGUUUCAACACUUGAACCUAUUCUAGAUUUACCAGAAAUUAAGAGUCGUGACAGUGAAAUUACGCAAAAUGAAUAUUCAUAUUCGCACCCAAAUACACCAACAAAUGGUUUCAAAACAUUUAGUCACAAAAAAGAAUUUUCUAAUCGAUACUCAACUCCUGUACAAUCUCAAAAUGUAAGUAAUGGUACUUACAAAAAUAUUUUUCAAACACAAAAUUCAAGAUUUCAAAAUAUGAACUUGAAAAAAGUGAACGAUAAUAUCAUUCCCCCGAUGAAACCUCCUCGAACUUCGCUUAUAUUAAAUAGUUCUAAUAGUAGUUUAAACCGAAAUUCACAUCAAUUGGAAGAAAGUGAUUCAGAUUCAGUUUUCAGUUCAAAAGUAUCAUCACCACCAAUGUCACCAAGUCAUGUUGUUCAAAAUAGUGUUCCAGAAAAAUUUGCUUUAACAAGAACAUUAAGUUCAGAAACAAAUACAUCAAUUGCUAGUUCAACAACAUCAACAUUAACUUCAGGGUCUGGAUCACAAGCCAGCUGUAGCUCAGUUGGAAGCAAUCCAACAGUAGAUAUGAGUCGAAGAAUUAUUAAAUCUGGUUCAGGAGAUUCUGGUUCGAUUAGUCGAAAAAAUGUGUUAGCUUCUGCUAAAUGUCGCAGUGGCAGGGAUGAUUCCUCUGCUUUAGUAAGAAACAGAAGAUACGAUGAUGAAGAUAGCACUGAUGGAUACGACGAUGAAGAUGUCAGAAAGACACCAAAAUUUAAACAAAGAUCUAGUGCCGCAGCUCAAAAUAAACAAAACUCUUUAAAUAAAUUACCAACUCCAUCAACACCAAUAACUUUAGCACCAAUAAAUUAUAAGUUAGUUUCAAAAGAUGAAAGUAUUGUUGAUAAAGUUAUUAAUGUUGCAGCCUACGUUGAAGUAACUUCUGAUACAGAUGACAGCAGUCGAAAAUCUGAUACUUCUCCUUCAAAAAUCAGUGCAAUUUUUAUUGAUGAGGAACGAAAAGCUAGUUUUAAAGCUGAUCCUUUUCAAAAACCAAUAACAAGGAAAAAAUCUUCACCAAUAACUAUAACAACAACCAGAACUAGCAUCACAACAAAUGCUGCAAUAUCUCCAGAACCAAGUAAUGAUAUGGCUAAAUGGGUGCAAGCUGAGGCAGCUAAAGCAAUGUUAGAAAUUUCUAAACCAAUUGAAAUUAAAACAAAAGUUUCAGUUGAUCGUCAAAAAGCUACUGCUGAAAAAUUGGAGAUUUUAUCAUCUCCUAAAAUUUCUCAUUUGACGACAGCAACUACUACGACUACAACUAUUACAUCAGUAAAACCGAAAAGUUCAACUCAGGAAAUUCGUGAGAAAUUUGAACAGAGAUCUCAAGCACAGACACAAACAACACAAAUAAUUACACCAAACAAUACAUUAAAACAAAUCAAAGAAACUAAACAAACUUAUCAUGAACGUUUCUCAUCUUUAGAUUCAAUAGCCUCUUCUUCAUCUGGUGUCUCAUCCGGAAAUCAAAACUUGCCAUCAAAUCAAGAAACACCAACUGAAUUUGGUAGUUUUUCUUCACUUGGAAGCAAUCAAAGUUUAAUUACUGCACAAGACAUUCAAUUAAUUAUAGAAGAAGCAGAUCCUCAACUGAAAACUCCAGAAGCUUUCGUAGUAGUUCUUCAAAGAGAAACACCCGAAAGCAGUAUUGGUAUUACUUUAGCUGGUGGGGCCGAUUACGAGGCAAAAGAAAUAACGAUUCACAAAAUCUUGGCAAAUACUCCAGCAGCAAAAGAUGCUAGACUUAAAAAAGGUGAUCGUAUUUUAGCUGUUAAUGGAAUGACUAUGCGUGGUUUGACCCAUCGUGAAUCUAUUUCAGUUUUAAAAACACCAAGACCAGAAGUUGUUUUGAUUGUAACACGUUCAGAAUCGAUUGCUGCGAAAUCAUUAAGUAAGAAACGUUCAUCGUUAGGCUCUCUAACUUCAUUAACUGAGAAACCUAUCGAAAUUGAUUUUGAUAAAACAAAAAGAAGUUAUCAUAAAGCAUCCAGAUCAUUAGACUUAGAUCUAGAUGUUGUUUCGAAUGAUGACAGUUCUAAAGAUUCUAAUGGUGGUUUAAAUAGUUCUUCUUCGUUGGGUAGCAAUGGUACAGCAAGCCCCUCAGAAUCUGAUAUACAAAGUAUUUCAAGAACAAGAAGACAAUAUUCAAGAGAUGGUGGUAAAUUAAGCACAAGUGAAAUUUUAGAACGUGUAAGGGAGACAAGAAAUGUAUUGGCUGCUGAAAGAGAAGAAAUACCAGCUGGUGCUAGAACUGUUGAAAUAGUCAAGGAUAGCUGUGGUUUAGGAUUCUCAAUUGAAGGUGGUAUGGAUUCACCAUUGGGUAAUCGUCCAUUAACUGUUAAAAAAGUUUUUAUGGGUGGUGCUGCACAAAAAGCUGGUAACAUUAAAAAUGGUGAUGAAAUUUUAUUUAUAAAUGGUGCAUCAACAGCAAAAAUGUCACGGGUAGAUGCAUGGAAUUAUAUGAAACAAUUACCGUCGGGACCAGUCAAAAUUGUUGUAAUUUAAGUCGCAAAUAUUAUUAUUUUAUCUAUAGUAUAUAUAUAUACAUAUAUACAUAAUUGUCUCAUAUUUAAUCCUUAAUUAAUAUUAUUAUAAAAAGUAAUUAUGUAAUUAAUUUGUAAUGAAUUUUUUUUUUUUAAUUAUUAUUUAACGAAGUUUUACGAUUUUAAUUACAUUUUAUUUUGUAAUUUUAUUUGUUUAAAUUUCUUUGAUUUGUAGUAAAAUGAAAAAAAAAAAUAGCUCAGAGCUGUAAAACCUUAAAUACUUAUUUAAAUUGAAAUGAAGAAAUUUGUAAGAAAAAAAAGCAGGAAUAAUUUUACAUAGAAUAUUAGAAAAAGUUUGAUUUUUUACUUUUUGAAGUGUAAGCAAAAUAUUGUAAUUGAUUAGAAAUUGAUUACAAAAAUAAAAUUAUUUUUAUUUUUAAAUUUUUAUUUAUUUUAUCAUUAUUAUGUAUUUUAAAAUAUUUUUUAAAAAUAUAAGAUAAACUCUCACUGUCAUAUCAGAAAAUGUCAUAUCACUGUCAAAUAUAUUCAAAGUUAACAAUAGAUUAAUGCAAUUAAAGUUAGAUUUUUUAAAAUAGACUAUGUAAUCGGUUUCUGUAGUUGUCAUAUUUGAGAUUUUAGAUGUUAACAAAAUUAUAUUUUGAAAAUUAUAACAUCUGUAAUUCAAAUUUAAUUGACUUAACUUAUAAAAUCCUGUUUUAUUCUCAAAAACAACUGGAAUCGUUGUUAUCGAUAGUUACAGUUCCGUGUUUCUACUAAAGCUACACUGACGCUCCUUGUUCUGAUAUCUGCUAAAAUCCUCCUAAUAUUAUGUAGAAUCCAUGGGGUUUUCCGACUAAAUUGGGAGCCUCGUUGUAUUUUUUUAUCGUUGCGUUUUUUUUUUUAUCGUAACCAAUAACUUUCCCUAUUCAUAUGAUUUGCAAAAAUUGCUAAGAGAUUACUGAUAUUUCAGUGAGAAUAUUAUGUAUUUUAAAAUAUUUAAAAUUCAAUUUAUAAAAUUGAAAUUUAAAAAAAAAUUCAAAGUAAAAGUAAGAAUAAGGAACUAAAUAAGACAAAACAAAAAAAAAAAAUAAAAGAAAAAAAAAGUGAGAUUUAUAAAGAAACAAAUAAUAAAACAAAAUCUUGCCAUUAUUAAUUUUGUUUUUUUAGUAAAACUAUAAAUUCAAUUUUGGCUUAUUUUUAAAAAAAAAAAAACAAAACCAUUAAUUAUUUUUUUGUGAAUAACAAUAUUUUAUGUUUUAUUUUAUUGAUUUUUUUUUUAAUAUUAAUCUUAAGUAUUAAUUCUAUUUGGUUCUA